UUCAAAGAGGAUAUACACGGUAUUUGAUGCUUAUCUUUCUAGCUUCGAACAUCUAAACACAAGUUUUUUGUUCUGACCUUGAGAAAAUGGAGCUGAUCAACACUUUACUUUUACAAAUUUUUUUGUUUUGCCUCAUAACCUUUGAUUCUGUUUCUGCACAGACGUGCUUCAAUGGAUACUUUAAGCCCACUAGUGCUUUUGACAUAAACCGUCGUCUAAUUCUCUCUACUCUUGCUUCUAAGGUCACAACUCACAACGGCUUCUACAGCACCUCCAUCGGCCAAAGUCAACUCUUGAUUAUUGGCAUGUGUAUCCCUGGAACUAAACCAGAGACUUGUUCAGAUUGCAUCAAAGGUUCAACAGACGGCUUGUUACGAAGUUGUCCUAACCAAACAGUUGGUUAUGUGUGGCCAGAUUGUUGUAUGGUACGUUAUUCCAACAUUUCCUUCUCUAGAUCGCUCAUUAUGGAACCGUCUCAACCAGUGUCCGAUCCCGCACCUAUCGGUGUUGAUUUGAAAGUGUUUGAUAGAAUCUGGGAAGAGUUAAUGUCCCGUGCGAUAACUGCAGCUUCGAGCACUCAUAAAUCAUCAUCAUUUAAGCAUAGGUACUAUGCAGCUGAGGUUGCUUCAUUGACAGCUUUCCAAACCAUAUACGCGAUGGUACAAUGUACACCAGACGUUUCUUCAGGGGAUUGUGAGUUUUGUCUGAAGAAAACUGUUGUUGAUUAUAAGAAAUGUUGUCGUGGUAACAAGGGUGGUGCUUUUGUAAGACCAUUUUGCUUCAUCCGGUGGGAUUUGUAUCCUUUUGCUGGAGCUUUUGAAAAUGUUACAUCGCCACCGCCUUCGUCACCAUCUAUUAAAAAAAGUGCCACAUCAUAUCACCUAUGAUUUUCAACCCGAUAUAACACUCUAGUAUGUAUUAAUUAUAUUAUUCUGUGUAAUCUUUUUAAUUAUGUCCUUUGAUUAUGUUAAAUGAUUAUAUCUUGUACCCUUCCACUCAAUAAUACAAUACUAUCCAUUUACAUGGUA